CCCAGCUGGGCGGGGUCAGAGCGGCCCCCAGACGUGUGCAGGUGGGAGGAGAAGGAAGGAAGAAGAAAGAGAGAGGGGUCAGUUCCAGCAGCAACAACUUAACAGGAGCGGUGUUGUGCAGCUGCAGCGGCGGCGGUGACCGGACUCCCAGCGGAGGAAGCCCCCCCUCUCUGCCCGCCAGGUGCACGGCUCAGCCCCCCCUCUGCAUGAGUCCAUGGAUUACAUGCUGCUGCUCCCGUAAUGAACUGCAGCCCCACGUCGCAGUACACCAGGGUCAUCUAGGGAGACCCACACGCACCGCCUGAAGUUACAGUUAGAGGACGGUUACAGCUGAGGCAGAUCUGGAUAAGGAGGGUGACUGGACAUGAAGUGUUUUCGAGCCCUGUGUUGUAAGGGUCCUCCGCCUCCACGGCCCGAAUACGAUAUAGUUUGUAUAGGGCUCACAGGAUCCGGCAAGACGAGCAUGUUAUCGCAGCUGUGCAGUGAAAGCCAAGACAAUAUCGUGCCUACCACAGGAUUUAGUAUAAAAGCUGUUCCAUUCCAGAGUGCCAUUCUGAAUAUAAAAGAACUUGGAGGAGCCUCUAAUAUUCGGAAAUACUGGAGUCGUUAUUACCAAGGAUCUCAAGGAGUAAUAUUUGUCCUUGACAGUGCGUCAUCUGAAGAUGACCUGGAAACUGCCAGGAAUGAGCUGCACUCAGCCCUACAGCACCCACAACUAUGCACUUUACCGUUUUUAAUACUGGCCAAUCACCAGGACAAGCCAGCAGCACGUUCCUUACAAGAGAUCAAAAAGUAUUUUGAACUUGAACCACUUGCACGAGGAAAAAGGUGGAUUCUACAGCCAACCUCACUGGAGAACAUGGAAGCCGUAAAAGACAGCUUUUCAAUGCUAAUAAAUCUACUAGAUGAGCGAGAACUUGAGCCUAUUCAAAUAUGAAAUGUCUAGUAGAACACACACCUGUAUCUGUACUGUAGGCUACCUUUACUCCAGAGGAAUAGUACAUAAGCAACAUCAAUCCUGGGUCGGAAAGCGUUCUCUAUUGUUUUGCUGCCUUAAAGCUACCCAUCUACCUUGAUUUAUUAUUUUUUUCAUUAAAAUCCUGGGUUUAAUUUAAGCAUCUAUGCCGACUACCUGGCCACUAUGGUUCACGCUGAUCGGACUGUAAAUAACACCUAAAAUAUACGAUGGAAGAAGAAAGAGAAGACCCCGUGAUUGGAUAAAUACAGCUUUUGACACCUCACCUUUUUAUACUGUUCAGCAAAUCAUCCAUACCACUUUCACUAGACUUUCUUAGUGAUUAACUUACUGUAGGUCUAUUAAUUUGUCACUUGAAUAGCUUUGUACUGGUUAAACCCUUCAAGAGUACCUGUCACUGACGGAGAACACAUGAAGCAUGAUUCAAGAAGUAAUAUUCAACGUCUUAUACAGUAAAUGUUGUUUCAGCUGUAUACUUUGUGAAGUUGUUCUACUGUACAUAUAAAAUAGUAAUAUCUGUUGGGUGUAUUCCUAAAUUGAAGAUAUUAAAAUGUACCAAGUAUUGAUAAGUAAGAAGUGUAUCUUCCACAUAUCAGAAGAUUUUAGUUUUUUUAACAGAAGUAAAAAUGAAGUUUAAAAGAAAAACAAUAAACAAAACCGGCUGUAAUGUCUUAAUCUCUAGCAUUGCAGCCAUAUAGUACUACUGACCAUAUUGCAGAUAGCCCUCAUAUAGUGUGUGUUAUCCAUAGCUUAAUAUAGAUUUUUUUUAAUUACAUAGUAAAAUAAUUACUGUUUUCUUGCCGUGUUUGUUCUUUCUAAAUACACAGUGAUGUAUUACAGUGAAAGUUGAUGCCUAUUGGUAUAUUUAUCUUUAGUUUAAACACAGCCAAGUUUUCCACUAUGAUAUAUAGAUAUAAAUAACAAAGUUGCACAUGUGGAUAGGAAAAUGUAUUAUUUUUACUUUUUUUUGCUUUUCUUUUUCUAAUUAUUAUUUUUUUUUUAUAAUCUGCGGCAGAAAGAAAAUAAAACAGUAUUAUGGUAAUCUUACUAUACAGCUGUAAUCUGCCAUUAAACACUACUUUACACAUUAUACUUGGUAAAGAAAUAUUUAUAAUAAACUAAAAAGUGGAGGAAAAAAAAAUAGGUCUGUGUGGAGGAGUCCAACACAGUAAAGGAAAAGGGACCUGAUAAGUGAAUUCUGCAUAAAAUAUGAAUGUUUAUCUUAGAAUGAUUGUAAUAAUAUAUUAAUCUUUAUAUUAAAACUUUUUUUAAAGUAUAUUUUUUCUUUUGUUUCAGAAUUUGGGAGGGUUCUUUGACUGUGAACAAAAAAAAAACUCAUUAAAGAGAACAGCACAAGAAUUUUUUUUUUUUUAAUAAACUAGAUAACAGACGAGAUAAAUUAAAUCUUUUUCUUCUACAUUUUAAGCAGACACCUAAAUAUAAAUAAAUAUAUAUAUAUAUAUAUAUAUAUAUAUAUAGUUUUUACAAGUGGGAUCAUUAUGGAAAGGUGUAUUUUUUUCUGUUCAAUUUUUUUUUUUCAUAAAGGAACAUUGUGGUUUGAUAUUGCUUAGCCAUCUGUGAAAUUGCUUUAUGGUUCUGUUAUUCUGUUUUAAGUGUUUGUAUGUCUGCCUUGGGCUCCUAAAUUUUGUAAGGCCUGUGAUACUGUAUUUUAGUAGUCACAAUAAAAACACUAUCAAUCAGUCCUCGACAGCAGCUGCUGUAGACAAGCUACUGUCAGACGCUGCAUGCUUUACAACUGUCAGCAAGCUUCUGUCUACGUCUGCCAGAUCUAAGCUUUCUGUCUUGCCCUUCCCUCUAUUUUACAUGAGCAUACAUCUUUUACAUACAUCUCUAGAUCCAGAGACAUGUUUUGAAAGUCAAUGUUGAUGUGCUGUAUAUUUCCUUGCUGCAUAUCGUGCCAUGUCUAUGAUGUAGGCUACCCGAACCUGUAAUGUAAUUCUUAGCCCAGUGUAUUUCAUUGUAUUUAUAGAAGUGACCGAUUUUUGUAACCUGUUAGCUAGGGCCGGUUUUCUCUUUUUGUAAUGACAAUUUGUUUAUAUUACAGCAGUUUGUAUCUUUGCUAUAGUUGAAAGAGUAAUACUGUUUGCUCAUUAUCUAACAUGGUAUUCUAACUUUAUACUAAAUCGACAAUACUUGCAUAACGCAGAAGUCUUAUGUGGAGAGUGCCACGUACAAAGAAAAUGUUUUAAAUAUAUAUGUGUAUAUAUACAUAUAUAUUUCCACUAUGUAUAAAAAUAAAUGAAAAUGUAACGUCAA